AACGGAACACUCAUUUCCCUAUCAUUUUUGACAAGAAAGUGUGGCAAAGUUCAUCUCACGAAUGUAAAACAUUUUCUAUCGAUUCACUUCACUGAUCUAUUUUUCUUUCAAUUUUCAGUCAAUUUUUUCCAAAAAGACGGAAGAGGCCGAACAGCUCUUCAUUAUCCUGCCGAGAAUGGUAAUUUGAGCGAAGUUAAAAUGCUAAUUGCGAGAGGAUAUCAAGUUGAUUCGACAGACAAAGAACAGCGCAAACCUCUUCAUUUGGCUGCAAUGACUGGUCAUAAGGACAUCGUUGAAAAGCUAAUCGAAGGAGCACCCAAUGUUGAUUUUAAAGAUAAAAAUGAUAUGACACCUCUAUAAUAUGGUCACAAGGAUGUCGUUGAAAAGCUCAUCAAAAUUGGAGCUAAAGUUGAUCCCAGAGACAGCCUUAUGUGGACACCUCUUCAUUUAGCUGCUAUAAAUGGACAAAAGGUUGUCGCUCAAAAGCUUAUCAGCAACGGAGUCAAAGUUGAUUUUAAAAACCGUUCUUUUCAAACAGCUCUUCACUUAGCAGCCAAUAUUGGUUUCGGGGAUGUCGUUGAAAUGCUCAUCGCGAAAGGAGCCGAGGUUGAUCCUAAGGACCGUCUUAAGCGGACACCUCUUCAUUUAGCUGCUAUGAAUGGACACAAGGCUAUCGCUCAAAAUCUUAUCAGCAACGGAGCCAAAGUUGAUAUUACAGACGUUUUUAAUCAAACAGCUCUUCACUUAGCAGCACAGAAUGGUCAUGAGGAUGUCGUUGAAAUGCUCAUCGCGAAAGGAGCCGAGGUUGAUCCUAAGGACUGUCAUAAGCGGUCACCUCUUCACGAGGCUGCUGCAUACGGCAAAUUACAGAUCGUUCAAAUGCUCAUCGCGAAAGGAGCCGAGGUUGAUCCUAAGGACUUUCAUGAGCGGACACCUCUUCACGAGGCUGCUGCAUAUGGCAAAUUACAGAUCGUUCAAAUGCUUGUCGCCAAUGGAGCCAGUCUUACUUCUACAGAUUAUCAAAAUCAGACACCUUAUCAGAUUGCUAUAUAUAAUAAUAAAAUGUUGGUCGCUGGCUAUCUUAAGGAGGUUGAAGAAAAAAGACGCAAUUGAAAAAUCAUAUGUUUUCCUUUGAGUUCCGUAUUCGAAUGUCAUGUAGAAUAUUAAUUUCAAUAUAUUUUUUUCAAACUUUAACCAUAUCAAUAUUGCUGCUUUGUACGACUAUAUCGGUUAUGAUGUGAAAAGUUGAUAAAUCUAAUACUAAGCAAAAAGCUUUAAACUUUUGAAUACACUCAUAAUUUCAAGGAAAACCUGAACUGUUUAAUAUAUAAAAAAAAAUUGCAUUCGUAAUCCCAAACUUGUCGUAUUGUGGUCCGUACUUUUGCUUUUUGUGUGCUAUGUAUUUCGGAUUUGUGUGCUUAAAAUUGAAUGUGUUUUCGUAUGUUAACGUUCCGCUUCACUCAGCACCAGACGUAGACAGUACAAAACUGCUUUCAUUUGUGUAGAGUGCGCAUUUUGAGAAUCCAAAAUAAAUCUUAUUUCAAACAAAAAGAAACGCGAUGAAAACAUCGACAGAAUAGAAAAGGUAAAUGUUUCAAUAGUAUUUCUUGAAAAUAAACUGAAAAACACCUUUCGAAUCCGAUUACAAUAUUUUAUUUUGCAGAUCAAAAAAUUCAAUCUGGAAUAGGCGUUGUUCGUCAAAGUGCUUUCCUACGCCGAGAAUGUAAACGAAAUCGUUGAUGAGACCACGAAAUUAUUGAUCGAAAUGAUUUCGGCUGUGGAUAAUUUGGGACAACAAGCCUCUGUGAACAGAUUGAUAGAAUAACCAUUGCAGGAACAAAUUCCAUUGACUUUGGAGGAUUUUGAAUUACACAAGCAAAAGAAAAGUCACAAAUUGAAAGAAUUGCCAGCGACAUUGAUGGAUGAAAAAUCAAAAUAUCGUGUCUCGCAUCUACAAAUUGUCUUUGAAAAUUCCGAGGAUUAAAGCAACAUUCGAAACAAAGAAACAUCGCCGAUUCUUAAUGCAUCCCAUCGGCCAGUAUGCAAAUAUUUCAAAUUACAAUUCGGCUUGCAAGAAGCAGGCACCAGAAGCUUUUGAACUAAAUGGAAUGGCCAUAUGCACCCAAACCGAUUUGUUCAUGAUUCAUGAAAUAUUUCCAGCAUUCUUGCGCUGCGAAUGUUUUUUCGGUCUAUUGCAAUGGACAAAUCAUUUAUACAGUAAUUCGGCCAAUCAUAAGAGGCGAUCUUUUGUAAGUAUCUCUUUUCAGAUUUUGGUCGGAGCCAAAAGAAGUGCAUCAAGAAAAUGCUUCAAAUGCAUGUGCUCACGUUGCGUCGGUCGCGAUAUGCCAUUGGAAUAACGAACGCAAUUAAACUUUGAUCUCAACUUUAUGACACGUUGUCUCGAAUAUGUCUUCUUUUAAGAGAGCAACUCUUUAUGAUGAACAAUUACAUGGAUUGGCCAAAAAAUGUAUUGUAUUUUUGCAAAAAUAUGGCCAUGGGAUUUGGUGUGAUGAAAUUGACGACAUUGUCUCCAUAUACAUUUGGCUUUUACAGCUUUGAUUGAAUUAAUUAUGAUGUUCUCAUUUAGAAAUCGCAUAAACAAGUCUUGAAUCGAGGCCUAAUCAUAGAAACUAUGUAUACAUCUCUGACGAAUUCAUCUCUAAUUAAUCUCACUUUGAAUGUUUGUCAUAAGCUACAUUACCCCAAAUU